GAUUUGGGUAGUUUUGGCCUGAUUUGGGGUGAUUGGGGUAAUUCUAUGGACCGGCCUCAUCAGCCCUCGGCGUCAGCGCCUCCGGCAGCACUCCACAGCCUCCCUACUGUCGUCACCUGUGUCUUCCCAAUACCAUAGACAUAUUACCUGGUAAAUGAUGUGGCGAAUAUUUGGCUCCAUCGCACGAGGCGUGCGAUGUGUAAGAGCAAGUCACCUUUUCUGCCAGGAGAGUGUGGAGGAGCACAAGCCACAUAGUAAAAAAGUAGUGCAGCAACACUCACUCGCUCCCUUGUAUUACUCUUUACCAACCUCGUGCCACAACAAGGACGACCCCAUUUUUAAGUCUGUGAAUGGUGUUCACAGAUGGGAAAAUCAGGUCAUUAGAACCUUAGAAAAUGAUCUCAAAGGAAAGGAAGAGAAACACCAGCGAAGUGGAAGGGAUAGAGACGUGUUCACAGCAGGCUACAAUAGCAGCACUCCAUGGCACUGGGAAGUACUCUUAGACUCUACACAAGACAAGCCUUUAGGUAAGGAGGAGAAGAAGCAAGAAAAUGGAAAGCAGACACACGACCGGGAUGGAACGUGUCCUCUGCAACAAUGGGGGUGUUUCCUCUCGACAUAUUCAAUUCUCCAAGCAGUGGGAUGGGGAUCGGCUGUUGCGCUUACGUGGUCUUUAUAUCACGACUGGGGUGUCCUACGAUGCAAAUAUAAGAGACAAGGACAAGAUUACUUCUGUAACAGUGAACAGAAAACCAAGUCAUGGUAUAAUGAGGCUGACACUUUAGUAAGUAAGUGCCAAGUUAACUAUAGCGAACACUAUCAAUACAUUAAAGAUCAGGCAUAUUAUGAAUCCCAGCAACACGAAGAUGACAUGCCACAUCUGCACCACUUUUUCAGUCAUGAGACAAGUCAAUCUCCUUUUGGCUUUUUCUGGAAUAUUGCUGCAAAUCAAUUUGAAUUAAAAAAGACAAUGUUUAGUAAGGCAACAUUAAAAGACAAAUCCUUAGAUUCCUUGUUAAACAAUCGUAUAAUCCCAGAUCUUCAUAAAGAUCUCCAAUUAUUCCAAGAUAAAAAUACUAGCCAAACAAAACAAAAACAAAGCUGUAAAUAUGGAACCGAGGUCCCUAUAACAAAAGAAGCUCACUUCUCGAUGCAAAAUACAUAUUCUAUACAGGACAACACAAUUUUAUUUGAAGAUUCAGAAUGUUGCCAAAACCCCAAAUUAUUUAUCAAGCCCCAGCCAACAAAGCUGGAAGAGGAAGAUAUUAAACAAAGUGAUACUGACAAGGAAAGUUUACUCCUUGAUAAAGCUAAAAGUGAAGAAGACAGGGAUGUAAGAUGCACAAAAGGGGUACAGAAGACUGCUAGGCUUGAAGAAUCUGUCUCGGCCUUAUCAGAUCCUUCAAUCAGACAAAGUUCCUUGAAGAGAGAAGAGGUGUUGUUGGAAGACUGCACGUGUGAUGACAGUGGCCAGAAUGUUGGAGCCAGUGAUUCAUCGCAGCAUCUUGAUGCCGAGCCUGGCAUCAUCGAACUGAGUGACAGCUUCAUGGAGAUUCUGAAGGCUGAAAGUCAAGGCAUUAAGAUAAUUCAAGAUCAGCUUUUAGGAGUUAUGGAAGGUGAAAUUCUCUCAGCAGUCACACAUUUCAAGGCUGGGGCACUGUUAGGUGAUCCAUCAGCUGUUUUCAACCUUGCCCUUUGUUACCAACUAGGCCAUGGUGUCACUCAGGAUUUGAAGAUGGCUCGAGAACUAUAUGAGACAGCCAGUGAGGCUGGACACGGAUGGGCUACCUAUAAUUUAGCAGUUCUAAUGAGCCGUGGACAAGGUGGACCUUCCGACUCUGAUCGUAUGUAUAGUCUACUUGUCAAAGCUGAGAAGAUGGGUGUCCCUGAGGCCCAGGAAGCUCUCAGGAAGUUGAAGUCAGAUAAUUAUUUUUGGAAAGAAGAUACGAUGAAGUCUUCAAGGUCAGAACCAGCCUUUGCAUCCGUCUCAUCCAGUAGGUGGUCGUCUUCGUACUCUACCAGUGAUCUAGAAUUUAUGGAUGAAUCCGAUGUUUUUAUUUCAAGUGAUUUGUCUACAGAUCUAAACAGAUCAGAAAACACCAGUUUGUUUUAUAUUGGUUAGGGACUGAAAUUUCUUACUGUCUUGAAAAAAUGUUAAUGCUAGGCAUGAGGGUAAGAGUACAUGGGUAGAGGUAGGAUGGAAAUGUUAAAUGAAAGACAAUGAUGUGUUAAAUAAGUACAGCAUUGGGAUUAAUACUUUGUAGUAAAGGGGCUUUUUAUGGGAAUCACGAAAUGGAUGAAGAUUUGGGAAAUCCACUUAAAGUAAUUAGUAUUGAAAUAGGUCAUUGGUAUAGUUUAUAUAAUUGUUAAAAUAUAGAAGAGGAUUGAUGACAUCAGUGACAGGCUGUCCAAAAUGUGUGUUGUAGGAGAAUAUGAAGGAUACCAUUUGACUGCAACAAAGCUAGCAGAGGUAAAAAUUAGUAACUGAGGAAGUGGGGCACUUAUUGAGUGUACCAGAAAAGGUACAUGGAAGAAGUGGGAAGAAAUGGAAUGUGAUGCUUUUGUUUCAGGAGUACAGUAUAGAGUAAGGAUGCUAUAAGCACAAAUUUUAAAAUUGUGGGAACAUAUGUUGUCAUAGAUAUUUGAGGUUAGUGGAACUACACCCUAUUUAUCUCAAGCACUUGUUAACCAUUCUCACAAACGUGUGGAUGUUUCCUCGCAUUAAUUUUCAGUAAAAGAUGUUGGCUGACACCAAGAAUAUUACCAAUAAAAUGAAGGUCAUGAGGGUACAGAUGAGGCUUGUACACAAGAUACUUCAGAAUGUGUACUAGAAGUUGCACUGAUGCUUGCAAUUACAGACAGCUGAAUCAAAUCAAGUGAUACUACCUCACCUGAUGACGGUAAGAUUUAAUUUUUUACAUUAUGAAUUGAAAACACUUUAUAUGGUAGUUAAGAAAAUGUACAAAACUUGUGUAAGGCAUUGCCAUGCAUUGGUAAACUUCAGUAUUGAUUUCAAGUACUGUACCACCUUCUCAGAAAGUAAAGCUAGUAUAAAAGCAGCAUGUGUAUCUAGUGAGAUUAUGGCAGUUUUAAUGUCAUGUGGAGAAAUUGCCGUAAAAUGUGGGUGUGUGGCGGAUGGGUAGGUUAAUAUACAACCAUCUGUAUACUCACUAACCUCUUGCACCUACUUCUCAAAUCCUUGAAUUUAAAAUAAUUUCUUCAUGGAGAAGGGUCUUUGCUAUAUGCACUUCAUUGACUCUGGUUAUAUGUACUUGGUAUCAGUUGUCUAUAAAUAAAUCUACAAUUCCAUUUCAUGUUAGUGCCAAAAGUGACGGGGUACCUAUUGCAAUAGGAGUGGUUUUCAAUGGGUAUAUUUGCUGUAACAAGAAAUUUAUCCAUCUGUGCUCUACUAUACUUUAUUUUCAUAACAAAUUAUCUGAAUUAUUUUCUUUCUUUGCUUGUAUUUUAUUUUUACUAUUAAAUUUAGUAUGAAUGUAAUGUAAUACUGUACUUAAAAUGUUCAGAAUUUGAAAUGCUCUAGUCUUAAUUGCAUCACAUGCCAAAUUAUAUUCUCUAUAUACAGUAUUUUAUAAAAAUACUAUAUUUUAAUAAGGCAAACCCAUUAUGGGGUAAUACCUUGUUUUUGCAGAAAAUUAUAAAACAAUCUGAAUUAGACAACCAUCCCACAAAUCUGAAAAUAAAGUAAUUGAUAAUAUUUCAGUCUACUCAAAACAAUUAUCAUGUCAUGAUAAUGAUCAACGAUGGACUGAAACAUCAAUUACUUUAUUUUCAGGUUUAUGGGAUGGGUUUCUCAUUUUCAGCCAUGUUAUUGUAUGUCUGAAUUACAUGGGAUCUAACAAUUUAAUAUUUACAUGUUUGAUACCCUCUGUAAAGGGCAUCACCCAUGUUAUGAAUGGAAGUGAGAAUCCAAAUUUUCUGUUCAGUUGCUUGAAAAUAUUUCUAGAUUUCUGAAUUUACUCUGAAAAGUAAGUGUCUCAAUAUAGUAUUUUAGUACAAAUAAUAUUUUAGGUAGUGUAAAUAACAAAUUGAUUUGAGGUUAGUAUGGUAUUAUGUUAUAAAAUUGUGUUUAUAUGCUUUAUCUUCAUGACAAUUCAUUGCUGGAUUGUAAAUAAAAAAACUAUUAUUUAUUUUAAAUUACAGUAUAUUUAUAUUUGAGUAAUGCUAUUUUUGAAUACUUUGAAAUUGUAACCAUUUACACUUCACAAUAUUCAAACUUAUAACAAAAGAUGUGAAAAUUACCCAUCUUUCAGUUGGGUAUACUGCUCUAAUAUCAAUGAGAUUGGUUUAUUUUAAUAUUUAUAGUACAAAUGUAUUGAGGAUUUUUUUUAUACUGUAUUUUCUUAUUUUGUUAAAUUUACAGGCUUUGAACAAAUCCACAAGGGCCAUGACGAGGAUUUGAACCUACGUCCGAGACCAUCCCAGACCCUGUCUUAAUUGACUGAGCUACAUGGUAAAAGAAUUGCAAAAGACAGUGUCUGGGAUGCUCUCGGAUGUAGGUUUGAAUCCUCGUCACGGCCCUUGUGGAUUUGUUCAUUUGAUGAAUCACGUUAUUGUGAUUUCUGUGUGUUACAGGCUUUGAUUUAAACAAAAAUUAUUAUAAUGGUAACAGUAUUCCAAAUGACACCUUCCCCUAAGUUGUCAGCAUCCCUGCCACAUCCACUUGGUGGUACACAAUCUGGCAGUACUGGUAUCUUAUUACUAGGAAUAAUGUGAAGAACACCCCCCCCCUCAAAAAAAUAUAAAAAAAACUGGAAAGAUCCUUUUUUUUUUUAUCAAUGGUAAUGUACAGCUAGGUGUAUCGGCUGUCAAAUUAUAUUUCUAGUCAUUAGGUUGUUGUUUUGGAACAUAAUAAGAGACUCUCUGGGCACUAAAUGGUUACAUUGCUUGGCCUGGCUGUUGCUAGCAUAUACACAGUGCAUGUACACAUUCAUGCCCACAUAUAAGCCUUUCAUGCACAAUGAAAGGCUUAUAGAUGCAUGCACAAGUGGGUGUACAAACUCGUGUACAGUACUGUAUGUGAAUGUGAUUACCCCACUCUGCGCCAUAUCAAUACAGUACUGACACAAACACACACAUGCUCUUGUUGGCUGGCUGCAUACACAUGAACAGUCACAGGUACACUCACUACAGGGCAAUUAACAUGGUAACAAAUAAAAGUACAGGACAGUACUUAAGGGUUAUUUAAGUUUGGAAUUUAUGAGGAGAAAACAUUAUCAAAACUUUAAGCAAAAAAUGUUAUGUUCAUUGUCACUUAAGUUAGGGCAUGUGUAUACUUAGGGAAUUGGUACACCCUGGCCUAUGCACAAUGAAAUCACAUUAAAUAGAUGCAUCAGUCCAUGGGAGUACCAAGUGUGGGGGUUCAAACCCUCAUAGCUCCUACAGAUUUAACCCCCCUACUAUACCACCCACUUACAUGCCCACCUACUCCCAAUAAAUACUGGGAAUAGUCAAAUUGUACAAAAGACUAUUCAACAAAGUAGUUUUCUGUUUGUUAAAACUGAUUGUAUAUAUUGUUACAUUAGGAUGUGUUAGGCUGGGAUGGAAAAAAAGUUUUAAAAUUAUGUUGUCAAAUCGUCUUGUGUACAGUGUAACUGGUACCUCCCGCCCCCCCCCCCCUGUACCCACCUGAAUACCUAUGUUGUUAUUCGGCUUCUGCAAAUCACUGCCACCAUGUGUCAAAAAUGUUAACAUAAACAUGGUCAACCAGUUAACAUUAUCUUACUUUCAUCCCAUCUGCUCUGAAAAUAAAAAUGGUAGAAUGAACAUAGGGGGAGGGCAAAGGGAGUUGGCUUUGAAAUGACCAGUUAAGAAAAAUGUUUCAAAUACAGUAUGGUUUUUCAUUUCUCUCUGCCUUUACAUGAAGUAACUUUGAGAUGGGUUUUAAACUCAAUCCCUCCAUCCCUAUUAUGCAGAGAAUGUGAGGCUGAUAGCAGCUAUAAUUAUUGGUAAGGUUGCCAUAUCCAUAAUAUACUGUACAUUAUUAUAGACUGAUUAAAUGUACAAUUAUUUUUAUAAACAAAAAAAUAAAAGUAUGAAAAAUUA